AAGGAAAUCCAUAUACCUGGUGGGUUGGAAAAGCCAAUGAGAAGCAUUACUACUGGGGCGGAUCAGGACCUGGCAUUCAAAAAUGUGCCUGCGGCAUCGAACGCAACUGUACUGAUCCCAAGUACUACUGCAACUGUGAUGCUGAUUAUAAGCAAUGGAGAAAAGACACUGGGAUGUUGUCAUACAAAGAGCACCUACCAGUGAGUCAAGUGGUGGCUGGAGACGUUGACCGUCCUGGGUCUGAAGCCAAGAUAUCUGUGGGUCCUCUGCGUUGUCAAGGAGAUCGGAAUUACUGGAACGCAGCUUCUUUUGUUACUUCAUCAUCAUACCUUCACUUCUCCACCUUCCAAGGGGAAACUAGCGCAGACAUCUCUUUCUAUUUCAAAACAUCAGCCUCAGAUGGGGUGUUUCUUGAGAAUCUGGGGAACACUGACUUCAUCAAACUGGAGCUGAAAUCUGCUACGGAGGUUUCCUUUUCAUUUGAUGUUGGAAAUGGGCCUGUGGAAAUCGUUGUUAGAUCUCCCAACCAGCUCAAUGAUGACCAGUGGCAUCGGGUCAACGCGGAGAGGAAUGUCAAACAGGCCAGUCUUCAGGUAGACCAAUUACCUCUGGAGGUCCGGAAAGCACCAACAGAAGGACACACACGUCUGGAAUUGUAUAGCCAGCUCUAUGUUGGUGCUGCAGGAGGCCAACGAGGCUUCCUAGGUUGCAUUCGUUCAUUAAGGAUGAAUGGGGUGACGCUGGACCUGGAAGAGAGAGCGAAAGUCACGCCAGGGGUGAAGCCUGGCUGCUCUGGCCAUUGCACGAGCUAUGGGAUGUACUGCGCAAAUGGCGGUAAAUGUGUUGAGAAAUACAACGGUUACUCCUGUGACUGCUCCAAAACUGCCUAUGAUGGACCAUUUUGCAUUAAAGAUGUUGGAGCAUUUUUUGAAGAGGGAAUGUGGCUUCGUUACAACUUCCAUUCUCCAGGAACUAGCAUGAAGGAUUUAGUUAGCCGAACACUUUUGAGUUCUACAGAUCCUGAGACCACAGUGCCCAACCUCAACUUGAAUAAAGAAGAGCUCAGCUUCAGCUUCAGUACCACCAAGUCCCCUUGUGUCCUAUUGUACAUCAGCUCCUACACCCAGGACUUCAUGGCUGUGCUUGUCAAGCCAUCUGGGAAUCUGCAAAUUCGGUACAGCCUAGGAGGCACCAAAGACCCCUAUAACAUUGAUGUUGACCACAGAAACGUGGCAAAUGGACAGCCCCAUACUGUUAAUAUCACACGGAACGGAUGGGACAUAGUACUGCAGCUUGAUCACUAUCCUCCAACAAGUUACAGCCUGCCAACAGCGUCUGACAUUCAGUUCAAUUCCCCAAAGGCACUAUUCCUAGGAAAAGUUAUAGGUAAGAUUUCAUUUUAUACCUG